AUGCCCAUCACCAGAGUCGGACUCAUCGCUCUCGCCGACGGCGCCAAGCAGGACGAGGCGGUCACGAGGUUCAGCAACUUUGCCACUGACUGCAAGAAAGAAGACGGACAGACGUACAUCGUCGCUUCGAAAGCGAGCAAGUGCAAAGUCCUGACCGAUGUGCCGGGUUCGCAGCCUUGGAGUGUGGUUUACGAGAUCACAUUUGCAAACGAGGCGGAUAUGGAGUACUACCAGACCAAGGACCCCAUUUACCAGGAGCUGAUGAAACAGGCGGCUGAGGGAAAGGCUACAGGCUUCAUCGCGGUAUCGGCAGAGUUUUAG